AUGUCUACCACAGCAUCCCAGCCUCCCAUCCCCCCUAGACCGUCUAGGAGUACGGAAAAACAGCCAGCCCCAAUGAUCCCUCCACGCCCGCUUAAGAACCGCAUCGAUCGCUCCAUGAGCCCGAACCCGAACCGCUUUGCGCCUUCGCCUCUUAACGAGGGUCCUAUUCAACCCAAGUCUGCGCAUCCCCUGCGCAACGGUCACAAUGGCGAGGACAUCAAGAGAUCUACGUCUGUUGACCUGCCGUCCCUCGGCCAAGAGGGCAUGGAAUAUGCCAACAUCACCGAGAAUCCUCCUUCCAGCGAGCAGAGUACUACCCCGGAGCAAACUAGGACCAUCGGCCACGAUCUCAAGCUCCAUGCGCCCAAGCCGUCCCUGCCUCCUGCUCAUGCCAAGCAGCGCAUUAUGGCUGUUACGCGCACCGAUAGCGACAGAGCUGCGGCCUUUGGAAUCGGCCGUCCCAGCAGCCACGACGAGUCUACACAUGUCCUUCCGGCCAACAGGAGUCUCAAGAAAAAAGCUAGCACUACUAGCCAGCUGUCGGUGGACUUGGAAGACGAGCAUGGUAUUCCCCAGAUUGGCCAGCAAGUGCCCAUGUACAAGAACGCUGGUGAUGUCCAGGCUCCAUCGCCUGCUCCUGGCGCAACUGCCGAAAAGGCCAAGAAUCAUACUCGUAGAACUUCUUCCCGCGGCGGCCUUCCUCCCGGCAGCUAUGGCCUUCAUGGCCAUGGUGUGUUUGCCGUGGACAAGCUUGAAAAGGCUUAUUUUGACAAGCACCCCGAGGCGCUGAAGAAGGAGCACACGCCUUAUCAAUACGAUCGUUCCAACGACUUCGCCAUGAGCAGUGAGAACCUGAACAAGAUUGUUCGUGAGACCGCCAGUCGUGGAGCGGGUCUUGGUGUCCAAAACUAUCCCGGUACCCCCAGCGAGCAGAUCGGAUGGCAAGCCAUCGAGGAGUCUACCUCCCGCGUCGCAUCUCCCCGCCCUAGUUCCUCCCGGCGCAAGUCUCCUGUCAAGCCAACCUUUGCUGUACAAGACGACGGUGGGGAGCCCCGCGCUCUUGAGGAGGAUGAAGAACCCAAAAACGUGAUUCACGUGGAUGAGCCCAGCCGUCGCCACUCCAGAGGCAAGUCCAUGGACGGAUCGGCACCGGUGGCUGAAGAGGAGGAAGAGUACACUGCGCCCAUCCUUGCCGAGGAUGAGGUUGCAAAGAACCCAUCUCUUUAUGAUCACGAACCGGCCGUUGUGCCUGAGCGCCGCGAACAUGCUGAGCACAAGAGCCGCCCGAAUAGCAGACCGACCAGCAUCUACAGGGAAAACUCUUACGAGAUGCGCUCUACUCCUCUCGAGGAUGUCGAGGAAUAUGAGCCCCUUUUCAGGGAUGACGAACAACCCGCGAAGAAGCCUGAGGUGCCCUUGCGGCCCAAGACCGAACACAAGCGCCGCUUCCCCAGUGCUGACGUCUGGGAGGACGCCCCCAGCAGUACCAUGUACACUGCCGAAGUUUCCACUCCGGAACCCUCCGCGGAGCAGCAAGAGGAAGAGGGUCAGGAGCAGGCCAAGCCCCAGGUAGAACCUCGCGAGGGCGAGACCUUUGCUCAAGCGUUUGCUCGUCAACAAGAAGAGCUUGCCGAAAAGGAAGCCCGGGAAAACGGUCCCGAUGGUUUCGUCAAGUCGAGUAUUCCCAAGUCUUCUUCGCACCAGCAAAAACCUUCCUGGGUUCAGGGCCAGCCCCAUCUUCUGCAGGAAGUGAAGAAGGAGGCUGCCAAGGCUAGGCCGGCCAUGGCUCAGAGGUUCCCUAGCCGCGAUGUUUGGGAGGAUAGCCCGGAGAGCUUGCAGCUGCAGACCGAGGUUUCUACCCCCCAGCAGGACGAGGAGCAGACGGAGGAGGCCACAGCCGAGUCUCCCCAAGUCUCUCCCCGUACAGAGUUGCCUGAGCCCAAGAUCGACGAGAAGCUCGCCCAGAAGCCCGAGAUCGAAGACAAGACCCCCGAGCCAAAGGAGCCUGCCCCCACUUCCGCCGUGGUCACAGAACGAAAGCCCUCGCCCCCGGUGAUUCCCGCCCGCCCAUCUCUUCCUUCGCGCCCAUCCAUCCCCGACCGUCCCAAGCCCAAGCCUGCCGCCAAGCCCGCCAUUCCCGCCCGCCUCGUCAAGGCGUCUCCCACAUCCGGCGGUCUCGAACCCGCCGAGGCCGCCGCUCCUCCGCGUCAAAAGCCCGCCGUCCCCGCUCGUCCGAUGGGCUCUAAGAUCGCCGCUUUGCAGGCCGGUUUCAUGAACGACCUCAACAAUCGCUUGCGUCUCGGCCCGCAAAUGCCCGCUAAGAAGGAGGAGGCGCCGGCUGAGGAGCAGGAGAAGGAGGAGAAGAAGGAGAAGGUGCCGCUUAGUGAUGCUAGGAAGGGCAGGGCGAGGGGUCCCCAGAGAAGGGCGCCUGCAGCUGCUAAGGCUGCUGCUGCGGCUGCUGCGGCGCCGGCACCGGCGGUGGUUGAGGAGAAGAAGGAGGUGGCUGGUCCGAAGUUGAGUUUCUCGGUUUCGAUUAGUUAUUGGGCUAUUGACCCUGAGAGUGAGGAGGGUGGUGUUAGUGUUGGUGUUGCUGAGUUGAAGGCACUAGAAGAGGAGAAGCCUAAGGAGAAGACGGAAGAGGUUAAGGCUGAGUCCAAGACCGAGACUGAGGCUGAGAAGCCCACGCUCGAGAACGUCAAGGACGAGGCCAAGGUUGUGGUAGAAAAGCUUGCUCCUGAGCCUUUCCAGAAUGAGGAUCAGGAGGAGGCACCAAAGGAAGAGAUAAAGGAGGAAAAGACCCCCGAGCCCGAGUCCGAGCCCAGUCCUCUCCCCGAGGCUAUCACCCCCGAAGCACCAGGUGCUUUCCCCUCCACCCCCGCCAUCGAGCGGGAGUUAAAGGCUCAGGAGGAGACCGAAGCCGAAACCGAGGCCGAAUCUUCUGCUCCGGCUGAUACCCCUACUUCGACCGAAGCUCCCGCUCCAGAACCCGUCGAAGCCAGAGAAGCUGAGACUGCUGCCUCUGAAGCCACCGAACAGGUAGAAGAUAAGCGCGAUGCUACUACUGCGUCAGCAAAGGCUGAGGCAGCAGCUGCUGAUACCGAGGUUACUAACUCUUCUAACACUGGCUCUGUCCCCGACGAAGAGGCGCCAAAGGAGGAGGUCAAGUCCCUGGUGACCAACACAGCUGGAGAGACUAUUGUCGCGGAGCAUGUCACUAGAGAUGGAAGUGGAAACGUGAAGCCUUUGGAGGUGGAGGAUAAGGGUGGUGAGGAGGCUUAGGCUUAGGCUUAUGCUUGGGCUUGGGCUGAGGCGUGAGUGGUUGGUUAGAAAGUUAAGUUUCUGCUGUGUGUGUAUGUGUGUGGUCUAUCAUUUGAAAAGAAAGAGACACAAGGUGUAGUGGAAGCUGGUUGGCUGGUUAAUAGAGGGUGUCGCCAAUGCUUUUUAUUUUAUUUUUUUACUUUAGCGCCGUCAGCUUUGUUUCUGGCUUUUCCAGUACCUUGAAGGAGGGUUGAAUACAAAAGGGAUUCAUUUACCUUGACUUCUUUUACAUCGAUCUCUCUUCCCUGUUCGUCUUUGGUGUGUGCUUUUGUAGACCUUUGUGAUUAGCAUGCUUAAUAGCCUGUUUAGCAUCC